AGUAAAUGAAACGAUAAGCUCCAAUAGAUUUUGCCCCUCCACUCAUGUCACCUACCCCAUUCAUACUGCACUGAUCACCAAAUCGUUUUUUUAAAGAUUUGGUUGCUCAAAAAUUCGGGAAGAAAAUCCCAAGAAAUCUCCCAAUUUCAAGGAUUGAAGACAGAAAAAUGGCGGAAUCACCGUCGAAGACGGCGCAAUUGGACGCGCCGCUUCACACAAUAGGGUUCGAGAUCGGGGACCUCUCGCCGGAGAAAGUCACCGGCCGGCUUGUGGUGACGGAGAAAUGCUGCCAGCCGUUCAAGGUGUUGCACGGCGGGGUAUCGGCGCUGAUAGCGGAGGCGCUGGCGAGCAUGGGCGCCAACAUGGCGUGCGGGUUCCGGCGAGUGGCCGGCGUCCACCUCAGCAUCCAUCACCUGAAGAGUGCUCGCGCCGGCGACCUUGUGCUCGCCGAGGCCACGCCGGUGAACGCCGGGAAGACCAUUCAGGUCUGGGAAGUGAAGCUGUGGAAAACCGAACCGGGAAACGAAGAGAAAAGGGUUCAGAUUUCGUCUUCCAGAGUCACGCUCUUGGUUAACAUGCCGGUGCCGGAAAACGCCAAAGAUUUUCAGGCGAAUCUCAGGAAGUAUGCCAAAUUAUGACCAAAAUGAAGAGAUCAAGCAAAUAAAAUUUGAUUGUGAGUUUGAACCCUAUUAUUUAUCUUAUGUUGUUGUCUCAAAUAAUCUAUUUUUUUAGUACUACUGUUACUGUCUCAAAUAAAAGAGCCACAAUUAGGUGAUUUCAACCCAAGGUCUUUGGUAAAUAAUUUGUUUCCUAAUCCUUUGGUUUGUAAAGUCUGGAUAAAUAAGGAUUGAGAUUCUACAGUUCCUACAUAAGUCAAGAAGGCAAGAACUAUAUAUAUAUAUAUAUAAUCAUGUUAUAUGGUGACUUA